AUGGUUGAUGAUUCAGGUGAUAGCCAUUCGAUCCUUGAGAAUGAUGCGGUAGGUUCACCAAGGGAAAACACAAUUGACGAUGAAGCUUUCCCCACUUUGGAGAAUCAAAGGAAUAUAAUCACACAAUUGGUAAAUGAAAACCAAGAAAAUGCAAAGGAAGGAGACAGCGUAUAUAUUAUCCCACAAUUUUGGUAUGCAAAUUUUUUCGACCCUCAGACUAUAGAUCCUACCCAGCUAGGACCUAUAGAUACUGCGCUAAUUUGUAGGGAUUAUCGGAAUUUCAUACUGGUUGAAUACGAUAAAUGUCCCUACAUUUCAAUACCCGAACCUGUGUUUGUCAAGUUAGUGAAUUGGUAUGGUUUGGCUAAUGACUCACAACCGGUGAGCACACAUCUGGUUUAUGAUGAAAACCACAACUUAAUUACAGAGUACAAUCAAUGCGUUUUCAGAGUACAUCACUUGGUGGAAAGCGAUCAGGAUAGGCGACAUGGUGGAGGUCUUAACAAAAGGGUGUCAUAUUUUGCAAUCUCAAGAUUAUGUACAGUCAAACAGUUAUCAAUCAAGAUCCUCGAUACCUUUUUUGAGAGGGAAUCAGAUUUAGAUGUUUCCAAGGCUAAAUUCAAAAUAUGGUUCGUUAAGUAUUCUGAGCAAGUUGGUUCCAAUAGUAUUCUAAAUUCAUCCUUUAAGCUGGAUCCAUUGCAAUUUAUGGAAUUACCCCUCCACAGAAGAAUCACCCCUCUGUUAUUCCAUCAUACUUUGAAAGAAGUCGAUAUUCUGACGGGUGAUUUCGUAGUGGAAUUAAGGCAGUACAACAAGAACUAUCAUUGGCUUUCCAACUACUUCAUGUACAAUCAAUUGACACCUUCGAGCGGUAUUACUGGGUUAUACAACUUGGGUAACACUUGUUAUAUGAAUUCCGCUCUGCAAUGUCUAGUACACAUUCCCGAAUUGAGAGACUACUUCCUUUACAAUUGUUUUGAGGAUGAAAUAAACUGUAAUAAUCCGUUGGGGUACCAAGGAUAUGUGGCUAGAGCAUUUAGUGGAUUAGUGCAGAAUCUGUUCGGCUGCAAGACUUUAUCGAGUGGUUCUACGCUGACGCCGGCAUAUUCACCAACAGGUUUUAAAAGCACAAUAGGUCAUUUCAAUAGUAUGUUUUCAGGCUACAUGCAACAAGAUUCUCAGGAGUUCAUAACUUUCCUUUUGGAUGGGCUACAUGAAGAUUUGAAUAGGAUUGUCGAUAAACCGUACAUUGAAAAGCCUUCAUUGUCCCCCGAGGAUGACAGUAACGACUUCAAUGUCAUCAAAAGAUUGGCAGAGGAUACCUGGAAAUUACAUUUACAAAGAAACGAUUCUGUCAUCACCGAUUUAUUUGUCGGACUUUACGAGUCUACAUUACAAUGUCCAGAGUGUAAUAACGUCUCCAUAACAUUUGAUCCCUACAAUGAUUUAACUCUUCCUCUCCCCGUGAAUACGGUUUGGCAUUGCAAAGUUAAGGUUUUUCCACAGAAUUCCCCACCAUGUGUUUUAGAAGUGGAAAUGGGUAAGUCAUCUACAUAUCAAAAUUUAAAGGAGUACGUUGCAAAGUAUGCCAAUAUAGAACCAAGGAAUUUGUAUGGAUGUGAAAUCUUUAGUCACCAGUUCUACAACAAUUACGAAUCCCCAGAAUCAAACUCUCAAUUCUUACCCAUUCAAGAGCUUAUUUCAGAAUCUGACGAUGUAAUAUUUUAUGAAAUUGUGGCAUCACAAAACGAUACAAUUGUUCCGAUAUUAAAUAGUCGGAUUGAAGAAGGUUUCAAAAAUCCCAGAUUAUUCGGAGUUCCCUUCUUUAUUGUGCUUUCGCCAGAAGAAAGAGUCAACCCCGGUGCUAUUCGUUACAAGCUCGAGAAGUAUUUUUCGCAUUUAAGUGGAGGAUUUGUAGAGUUCCCCUCACUGUCUGAAAUGGAAAAUCAUUCGUUACCCACCCUUCCACUUCUUCGAGAGAAAUAUCCAGAAUAUACUUUUGAUGAGUAUCAGGAAUUUUUAAAAUAUGCUGUCAAAGAAGACAUCGGCACUAUUGACACCCAUUUUAAGAUUAAAACCAUCGAGGAAACUACUACUGAAAAUGAAGAUGAUCCAAAUCAACAAAUACUACCAGACAAUGCCAACCAAUUACCAAGGUUUUGGACACCAUACUCUCCGAUUAAUGUAAAUCGCGCUAAGGACAUUUCUGAAUCGCUAAAUCCAGUGGUAAGGGAUAUUUAUGACUAUCCAUCGCUUUUGCAAGCUGCAAAAGGCCCAACAAUGGAUGACAAUGGAUCUAAUGAGCAAAAAGAUAAAGUCAGCGACUUGCAAACAGAACCUACCACAGCACAAGAUUCAGAUAUAGACUUAGAGAAUGCUCAAGAGGAACAGCAAGAUGAAAAUUCAGUAGAUUCAGAGCCGAACGAAGCCACUACACAGAAUACUAAUGAUAAUAAUGACAAUCAAAUAAUUCCCCUGGUAAAUUCACAGACUUUUAUUGUAUGUGAAUGGUCAGAAUCAGCUAUCCAGGAAGUUUUCUCUGAAGAUAAGUUGAUAAACUGGGAAAAGCCAGCAGAAUUAAAGAAUACACAGUUGGAGGUAGAGAGACAAAAAAGACAGCAAGAGGAGGAAAAGAAGAUCACUCUACAUGACUGUUUAAAGUUGUUCUCGAAACGUGAGGUUUUGGGCAUGAAUGAUUCGUGGUACUGCCCCUCAUGUAAGGAACACAGACAGGCUACAAAGCAAAUUCAACUUUGGGACACUCCUGAUGUCCUACUAAUACAUUUGAAAAGAUUUGAGAAUUUACGAUCUUUCAGCGAUAAAAUUGACGAAGUUGUCCACUUCCCCAUAACGGGUCUAGAUAUGUCACCAUACUUGGUUAACAAGGGAGAUCCAAGAGGGACCAUUUACGAUCUAGUUGCCGUGGAUAAUCAUUAUGGUGGGUUAGGUGGUGGUCAUUACACUGCCUAUGCGAAAAAUGUUGAUGAUUCUAAAUGGUAUUAUUUCGAUGAUUCUCGUGUUACGGAGACCACACCAGAGCGUGGUAUUGCUAGUUCCGCAUAUCUACUAUUCUACGUGCGCCGCACUGCUGAUGGAAAAUGUGGUACCCAUGAGUUACAAGAACUUAUCCAGAAAAGUCGUAAGAAUUAUGAUGACCGUAUUAGACAAAUGUAUGACAGACAGAGGAUGCUGUUCGAAAGUAAUAAGACCGACAGCGAAGAGAUCGCUGACAUUGAGGAAGACUCUAGCAAGAUAGAGCAGCCCAGGGAAGAAGAUACUCCAGAUGGCAGAGUUGAUAGUGGUGAUAGUGGUGAUAGUUCAGAAGCCAAUGGUAGCACCAGUUCGCAUGAAAAUUCUGUGUCAGCAAGAUCAGCCGAUUAUAGCGUUAGAAGCUUAGAAGUUGGUCGUCUCCAACCUAGAGAGUCUCUUGAUGAGAAUGAGAAUAAUAUGAGUCGCCGCAAGCUUAGAAUCUUGAACAAGACUUACAAUGAACCCUCAAUUGCACAUUCACCAGCUUCGUCUGUGUCCUCUGAUGGUACCGAUAGCAUAAGUGCUGCACUUUCCCAAGCCAAAUCGGGGAACGAUAAUAUUCUAAGAUCCCCUACAAAGGAUUAG